AUGGCGUCACUGGGACCCGUUCCCUGCAAAUUAAACACCGUCAUCUCAUCCCAUUCCAAAUUCCCACACUUCUCUCCUCCGAAGCCCUCUAAUUGCUCUCUCCCUUCCACUCCUCUAUGCUCCUACGCCGUUCCCGAUUCCAAUAACCCUACCACCAACAGCAACAAGGAGAAUCUUCCUAGAGAACCAAAACCCAAACUUGAUAAUACUCAUAAUAGGGUCGACCAGAACCGCCAAAACGCGAUGUUUGAUGCAACCACCCUGAACGUUAAUUUGAUUGAGUUGUGCGAAGAGGGUAAGCUUGCUGAAGCUUUAGAACUCAUGGGUCAAGGUUCAGUUGCUGAUUAUGGUAUUUUUCUCGCCACGUUGAAUUUGUGCGAGGGUACGAGGUCGCUUGAGUAUGGGAAAAGGGUUCAUGAGUUCUUGAGAAGAUCGAGGUUUCGAGGGGAGGUUGAAUUGAACAAUAGGUUGAUUGGAAUGUAUGGGAAAUGUGGUAACAUGAAUAUUGCACGCAAGGUGUUUGAUCGAAUGCCAGAGAGAAACAUGAGUUCUUGGCACUUGAUGAUCAUUGGAUACACUGAAAAUGGCGCUGUGGUUGAUGCUUUGUUGGUUUUUCAGGAGAUGAAGGAGGCAGGGAUAAAGAAGAGAAGCGGUGUAGGUUGUCGCCGGAGGUUGUGGUGA